AUGGCGCUGCAAACUCCCCACGAGAAGACGCAGCCCGCCGCCCUUGGCGAGCUCGAGCGCGAGACGUCCGCACUGGACAAGCACGGCUACCUCUUCGGCCAGAAGAUCACGCACUCGCUCUCGCCGUACCUACACCAGGUCAUCUACGAGAACCUGGGGCUGCGAUGGGGCCAGGUGCGGCUCGACUCGUGCGACAUGCAGCUCUUUCUGCGGCUGGUCCGGCACCCUGACUUUUACGGCGCCUCGGUGACCAUGCCCAACAAAGUCGCCAUCCUCCCUCACCUCGACCGCAUGACCGACGAGUGCCGCUCCGUCGGCGCCUGCAACACCCUCUUCCUGCAGCCCGACCCGGCCGACCCCUCGGGCCAGCGCCGCCUCCUCUGCGGCGCCAACACCGACGUCAUCGGCAUCCGCGACUCCUUCCUGCGCAACGUCGCCGACCCGGCGCGCGUCUACCACGGCAAGCCGGCCCUCGUCAUCGGCGGCGGCGGCGCCGCCCGCAGCGCCAUCUACGCGCUCGCCCGCUGGAUGCGCGCCGCCGACAUCUACCUCGUCAACCGCGACGCCGCCGAGGUGGCCGACAUGAUGCGCGACUGCGCCGCGCGCGGUUACGGGAAUGGGCUCGUGCACGUCGCGACGGAGGAGCAGGCGCGGGAGCUGCCCGCCGCGGGGGCGAUUGUCGCGUGCGUACCGGACUUUGAGCCGCGCACCGAGGAGGAGAAGCUGGCACGGCGCAUCACCGAGAUAUUCCUCUCCAAGCAACCACAGCCACCACAACACCAACAACAAGUCCAAGUAGGAGCGGGAUCAGGCGACGUGGCGCAGCCGAUCAAGGGCGCCAUGCUGGAAAUGUGCUACAACCCGACGCCGUUUACCGCGCUGGGCACCCUCGCGGAGCGGCACGGUUGGCAGGUCAUCCUGGGGACCGAGGCGCUGAUAUGGCAGGGGCUGGAGCAGGACCGGUACUGGACGGGGAGGCCGGUCGAGGACCUGCCCGUGGACAAGGUCAAGGAGGCUAUUGCGGCGAGCGUGGCGCAGAGGUCGCAGUCGAGGCUUUAG